AUGCUUUCCCGUCGCUUGCUACCGCGCUCUGCCGUAAGGUCGGCCUUCAAGCAGUCUUCUCUGCCCGCCGUUACCGCUCCCUCCCAACUGUCGCGAUGGAGCCGCACAUACGCGUCCGCCUCUGAGGAGAAGGACUUGAUCAUCAUUGGUGGUGGCGUUGCUGGCUACGUCGCCGCCAUCAAGGCUGGACAGGAGGGCAUGAAGGUCACCUGUAUCGAGAAGCGCGGCACCCUCGGCGGCACCUGCCUCAACGUCGGCUGCAUUCCCUCCAAGGCUCUCCUCAACAACUCUCACAUCUACCACACCAUCAAGCACGACACAAAGAACCGCGGUAUUGAUGUCAGCGACGUCAGCAUCAACCUCGAGCAGUUCAUGAAGGCGAAGGACACCGCUGUCUCGGGCCUGACCAAGGGUGUCGAGUUCCUCCUCAAGAAGAACGGCGUCGAGUACAUCAAGGGCGCCGGCUCUUUCGUCAACGAGCACGAGAUCAAGGUUGAGCUGAACGACGGUGGCGAGACCACUGUGAAGGGCAAGAACAUCCUGAUCGCGACCGGUUCCGAGGCUACUCCCUUCCCCGGCCUUGAGAUUGACGAGAAGCGCGUUGUCACCAGCACUGGCGCUCUCAAGCUCGAGAAGAUUCCCGAGUCUAUGGUUGUCAUCGGUGGCGGUAUCAUUGGUCUCGAGAUGGGCUCCGUCUGGUCCAGGCUGGGAUCCAAGGUUACCGUUGUUGAGUUCCUCAACCAGAUUGGCGGCCCUGGCAUGGACACUGAGAUCUCCAAGGCCACCCAGAAGAUCCUGAAGAAGCAGGGCAUCAACUUCAAGCUCGGCACCAAGGUCGUCAGCGGUGACGCUUCCGGCGAGAAGGUCCAGCUUCAGGUCGACUCUGCCAAGGGCGGCAAGCCCGAGACCAUUGACGCCGAUGUCGUCCUUGUUGCCAUUGGCCGCAGGCCCUACACCGGCGGACUCGGACUCGAGAACAUCGGUAUGGAGCUGGACGACCGCGGCCGUGUCAUCAUCGACUCGGAGUACCGUACCAAGAUCCCCCACAUUCGUUGCGUCGGCGAUGUUACCUUCGGUCCCAUGCUGGCGCACAAGGCCGAGGAGGAGGCUGUCGCUGUUGUCGAGUACAUCAAGAAGGGCCACGGCCACGUCAACUACGCCGCCAUUCCCUCGGUCAUGUACACCCACCCCGAGGUCGCUUGGGUCGGCCAGAGCGAGCAGGACCUGAAGUCCCAGAACAUUCCCUACCGUAUCGGUACCUUCCCUUUCAGCGCCAACUCGCGCGCGAAGACCAACCUCGACACCGAGGGUAUGGUCAAGAUGCUGGCGGAUCCUGAGACGGACCGCCUGCUUGGUGUUCACAUUGUCGGCCCCAACGCCGGCGAGAUGAUCGCUGAGGCUACGCUGGCUCUCGAGUACGGUGCGUCUAGCGAGGACAUCGCUCGUACGUGCCACGCACACCCUACCCUCGCCGAGGCCUUCAAGGAGGCUGCCAUGGCCACCCACUCUCUGCCCAUCCACAUGUGA